AUGGAUAGAAAUAAGUCCAAACCCUUAGCUAGCUCUAGGUAUGGAAUGUAUGUGCUGAGUGAGGAAGAUGAUUUGAAUGCUAAAAUUGCUAGCCUGCAUAGGAAAGUUGAUGCUAUUCAGAAACUAAAUUUAGUUAAGGGACAGACUCAAAUAAAUCAGAAUACCUUGCAUACUUUGGAUGAGCUGAAAACUAGCAUAGGAUCUAUUGAAUCAUGUCUCAAUGCUAGGGAGAAAGGGACAUUGCCUGCCCAAACUCAACCUAACCCGAAAGCCCAGUAUGAAGCUAAUAAUGCAAAUAUUAAACAAGCUAAGGUUGUUACAACACUUAGAAAUGGUAAGGUGAUAGAGACUCCGAUGAAGGUAAACGAACCUGAGAAGUCUCCAAAACCCAAGGGUGGUGACUGUCACAGUGAUACUGAAAAUGAAAAUUUUAAUGUUGACAAGAAAAUGCAUGCUCCAUUUCCUCAUCGUUUAUUGUAUACUAAACCAUUGGCUGAUAAUAAGGAUAUUCUUGAUAUUUUGCAGCAGGUGAAAGUUAACAUUCCUCUCUUGAGUGUGAUUAAGCAAAUUCCAGCGUAUGCCAAGUUCAUAAAGGAUCUUUGCACCAUCAAAAGGAAGCACAAUGUGCAGAAAAAGGCAUUCCUCACGGAACAGGUAAGUGCUAUUCUUAAACACAACACUUCUCCCAAAUAUAAAGAUCCUCGGUGCCCUACUAUUUCUUUUAUAAUAGGGAAUUUCGUGAUCAAACAAGCACUUUUGGAUUUGGAAACUAGUGUAAACCUCUUACCGUUCUCGGUGUAUGAGCAGUUGGGCUUAGGUGAAUUAAAACCCACCCCAGUCACUAUACAACUUGCGGACAGAUCAGUUAAAGUACCGAUAGGGGUAGUUGAAGAUGUGUUAGUUCAAAUCGAUAAAUUUUACUAUCCAGUGGAUUUUAUUAUUUUGGAUACUCAACCUGUGGUUAAUGCUAGUAAUGAAAUACCUAUCAUCUUAGGUCGUCCUUUCCUUGCAACUGCCAAUGCUUUGAUAAAUUGUCGAAACGAUAUAAUGAAUCUUUCGUUUUGGAAUAUGACCGUUGAAUUAAAAAUCUUUGAUACAUGUAAAUAUCCGAGUGGCAGUGAUGAUAUCCAUGAGGUGAGGAUGAUUGAAACUAUUGUGCAGGAAAAGCUAUCUCAUCUAGAAGCUAAGGAUGCUUUAGAAGCCAGUCUUCUUAACCUUUUGGAUUUCGAUGAGGAUGGAUCCAUUGAAGAAGUCAAUUCCUUACAUCCCCAUUACUGGAUACAGAUAAGUGGCGGUCUAGAUUUGAAUAACUUCCAAUCAGUGAGACCAAGCCACUACCCUUAUCCAUAG